GUGACUUCGAAGAUUGAUAAUAUUGAGCAACAGCUGACUUCUAAGGUAGAUGGAUUACAGAUCUCAUUGGAGAAAACUCUGAAAGAAGAGCUUAAAAACCUGAAGGAUGAUUUCGAUUUGGAAAUUGGCUCUCUCAAAGUCAGAAUGCAACAGUUGGAGGAAAAGAUAAAUGCGCAGCACACUUGCCCUUUAAACAUGUUUGAUCCAGAGGUCUCUGUGGUGGUGAUGGGCUUGCCUUAUCAUGAAAAUGAGAAUUUGGCUGAGAAGAUUAAAGAAAUCAUUGAGAAUGGCUGUGCUUGUGACCAAGUGGUGACUGUGGUGGCGCUUGAGAGGCUGCGCGCACGAGGAAGCGGCCCCGGCGUGGUGAAAGUGGCAUUCGCAUCGGUGAAGGAAAAGGUGGCUGUGCUCCGGGGAAAAUUUAACUUAAAAUCUAACGAUAAGUUUAAGAAGCUGUACAUCAAAACUGCGAAAUCGCACAUGGAUCGUGUUAUGGAGGAGAACUUUAAGGUGCUUUUGCGGGACCUUCCAAAUGGAAAGGAUUACUACGUGUCGAGUAAUGGAAAACUCCUCAGACGCGGAGCACCUGACGCUGCGCCCCCGCUGCGUGGGGCUGGAGCAGCCGCAGGUGACGAGGCGCGGAGACGCUGAGGAGCUGCUGCUGAUUCAUUAUUGGUGGAGUGUCGGGGGACGAGCCUCUACAGCAGGUGUUUGCCUUCAUCGGUCAGCCCGUGAUCCUGCCCUGUCUCCAGACGCUGCCCAAAGACUCUGAGGUCCCGACUAUCGAAUGGUCCAAGCGCCACCUCAGGCCUCCCUACGUCUUCGUCUAUCGCCAGAACUUUGAGGUUUACGCAGAAAAACACAGGGAUUUUGAGUUCCGCACGCAUCUCUUCAUGACACUGUUGCAACAUGGGAACUUCUCCAUGAGGCUGUCCAACGUGAGGCGGGAGGACGCUGGGGUAUAUCUCUGCAAAACCAUCUGGGACAGAGACAACCAAGAUGUCAAACAGGUGGAGCUGGUAGUAGUGGACCUGCCCCAUCCAGUGCUGUCCAUGACGUGGUCUGAGGACGGACAAGUGGACGUGAGGUGUGUCGUAAGCACCUGUUCACCGCUCGUACCUCACGUCACGCUGUACGACAAGCACGGGAACGCUUUAGAGAUGGAAAAAACUGAACGGAGUGAGGAAAACAACAGCAGAUGUUACACAGUGGAGCGGCGGACCGUCACAAAGGCCGGAGCAAAGAGUGUCGUGUGCAGAGCCAGUCUAGCCGAGGUUAGCGAAAGCAAAGAAGUGCACAUGCUAAUCCCAGAAGUUGCUAAAGAAUCGUGCGUGUUUCCCGUAAUCUACGCUGUAGCUGGAACUGGGGUGGCCGUCUUAGUUUUGAUGGGACUUCUUUUUCUGAUACACAAACUCUGCAGCAAAUCACGUGAAAAAACAGGGAUUCCUCGUCAAUCUUCAGGUGAAUCUGAACCAAGCAACCUGUCAGAAAGUCGCAGUUUAUUGACCAAAGAUGAACAAGAUUCCGUUGCAGUCUUCAUCCCAGAACUUUCAGAAAUCCCAGAACAAACUCAGUCCACUUUGACCAAAGCACCGGGCCUGAUCAGCACUGCUAACUCGAUUAGCUCAACACAAGACGGCAAAAGCAUCAACAUGCAGGCUCUGUUUGCUCCUAAUGCUAACAAUCUUUGUGACAAAGCCGACUCAAAACCAGCAACUUGUGAAGUAAACGACGCUUCGAAAACCAUUAAAUUUAAGAAGACCGAACAAGGAAAAAAGACGAAGCUAACUCGACAGAAUGCUCAGACUGAUGCCAGCAUUUCGGCUAAUGGAACUGUCCCAAACGUCACUCAAAAUCAAGCUAACGGCAUUAGCAAACCUCCGGCCCGGAAGUACCCCUUCAUUCGCUCGAAAAGUGCAUCAGCAUCAAUUUCUGCGGCGCCAUCUCUGGACGCAGUAAAACAAUGUCGCCUUUAUUCAAUGCCAUAUUCUGCGGCAUCAUCUCUGGACGCGCUCUGUCGCAAUUAUUCAUCUGCAGGGUUAUCAAAAUUUGAAAAACUCUCGGAAUCAGAGUCUGAACAGGAGGCCUCUACACCCAAACCUGGCAACCGAGGGAAGCAUUGAGCUGACCAUAAAACUGUGUACAAGUCAUAGCAUCAUUUGUGAGCAGACAUUUUGAGGAAAAACGCUCCUAAUGUUUCAGCAUAGUUUUUUGUUGUUUUUUUGUUUGUUUUUUUCUUAAUUAUAAAAACAUGAUGGUGAGGUUUUUUGUUAUAAUUUAGUGUUUUCGUUUGUUAAGAGCCUCUUCUGAGUCUUUAUAUUCGGUUGCCAGUUUUAAUAUUCAAAACCAGCUGAAUUCAAGUCAAGAGGGUUAGACACACAUCAACUCCUGUCUCCUCCAUGACUUAAAACAUGUGCAAUAGGUCAAAUCCUCCAGCAGAGGGAGCCCUGACCAAGACAAUCUCAAGUUCUGGACAUGGGCCCCUCUGCUCCUGACAGGUUUAACCCAGAUGCUACUAAAAAUGGUUAAACCAAAAUGUACAUGAUGUAUAAUAUGUACUUAUGUUUGUAAAUGUAUUUUAUGUGUAAAUACUUCUUUUUCUUUUUUUUUUUUUUUUGUAAAUAAUGUACAGUUUGUCUAUUUUAAGGGAACUGUUUAUAUUUCUCAAUCUAAAUCAAAGAAGAAAUAAACUUAAACUUA